CAAUUCCUUUAGAGGGGAGAGAACAUGCAAAGCACAUCGUGUAAAAAAUGUCAUGGGUGGUCUCAGAGGAGACGAGAAGAGGGUCAAAUUAUGUAAUGAGCUUUAGGGAAAACACAUUUUUACACGCUUUCUAUCAAAGAAUACUGAUUAAAAUAUGAUGUCUUAAUCAUGACAGUGAGAGGUGCAAACACAUCUUGUUUUUCCUCUCAAUGACUGCACAGUCCUGCCAGUCAUACCAGUGCAGACUGUACGAACAUCCCAGCUUACAUCAGACCGUGACACAUCCUAGAAAAUUGAUUGUUGUUUGAAAGAAUGAAGUGAAAUUCAGCGGGCGGACUUUCAUUCAUCUUCUGCACGUCUCAUCCUUACGACAACUGGGAGGGUCUGGUGGCAGAAUGCCUAACGCUGAUUGGUCAGCAAGUGGGCCUCCUUUGCCAAGCCCACAACAUAAGCAGGUAUAUAUGCACUUAAGUUGCAAGGGGACAAGAAGAAGAAGAAAUAAGGACAUUUGGGAUCAUUAUUUACUGCACAGUUUAUUUUCCUGAUCCUUAUUUUCUUCCACCUAAGUCUGUGAGAUGAAGACCCAGCAACCUCUUCAUGUGGCCACACCUGUGAGGCAGAGCCUUGCCUUGACCAAAGUGGCUGGGACCUCUGUUUACCUCAAGCUGGAUUCAUCUCAGCCCACAGGAUCCUUUAAGAUCAGGGGCAUCGGCCACCUCUGCAAAACUUGGGCAGAGCGAGGAUGUGAGCGGUUUGUCUGCUGUUCAGGAGGAAAUGCUGGUAUGGCAGCAGCUUAUUCUGCCCGCCAGCUCGGGGUACCUGCUACCAUAGUAGUUCCAAGUGUCACACCAAAUCCCACAGUGGAGAGGCUGAGGGACGAGGGUGCCACUGUGGUCAUCCAUGGAAAGGCUCUAAAUGAAAGCAUUGAAUAUGGACAACAGCUUGUGGCAAAUAACCCUGGGUGGAUAUUCAUCUCUCCGUUUGAUGACCCCCUCAUCUGGGAAGGCCAUACAUCUCUGGUGAAGGAGCUGGAGCAAGACCUGAGGGAGAAGCCAGGAGCCAUAGUGCUGUCGGUGGGAGGUGGAGGCCUACUGAACGGAGUGGUGGAGGGACUGCGUCGUGCUGACUGGGCUGACGUACCUAUUGUAGCCAUGGAAACCAUGGGAGCACAUAGCCUCAAUGCAGCCAUGAAGGCUGGACAGCUGGUCACUUUACCUGCAAUUACCAGUGUUGCGACCACACUGGGCCUGACACGGGUCUCUGCACAGACAAUGAAACUGGUGCAGGAGCACACAGUUUUCUCAGAGGUAAUCACAGACCAGGAGGCUGUAAAAGCUGUCGAACACUUUGUAGAUGACGAGAAGGUCCUGGUGGAGCCUGCCUGUGGUGCCGCCCUGGCAGCUGUGUACAGUGGUAUUAUCAAAAGGUUGCAGGAUGAGGGCAAGCUGGCUCAGCACCUUGGCCCUGUGGUCAUUGUGGUGUGCGGAGGCAACAACAUCAGCAUGGGGCAAUUGUGGAGGCUGAAAAAACAGCUGGGUAUUAUCUAGCUUGGCCGACUACCUGUGGUCUUUCUGACCUUUCUUCUAUUCCUCCAUCAGUUGGUCUCAAUCCUUAAUCCCAUUGUCGAUGUGCUCCACUGACUAAAUCAUUCCAGACCGUGAAAAUCUCCUGAGACUGACAAAUGUGAGUGCGAGCAGCUGGAGGGAUUUUUUUUUUUUUUUAUCUUUUAAAAAUGUUGUAGUUGUGACACUGCUCUGGUAGAGGUAGUUUGUGACUAGAGAGACCUCUAUAGACUGACACAUUUAGGUUGCAUUCACAUUUGUAUUUAGCAUGCUUGCUUUGUAAAAUUUUCCUCCGCUUUUGUACUUUUGAGAUGUAUUUAAAAAAUUAAUAAAUUAUAUUUCUGAAUAUUCUGCCUGAAGAAUAAUUUUCCUUUGUCAUUCCUGGCUGCAGAUGGUAUGUAAAAUUACAGAUCGAACCACUUCUUCACAGCAUGAAGUAUCAUACAGAAUAUCAUGAAUGGACUUCUGGCUCAUGUUUGCCUCCUAUUGUAAGUGAUAAAUCGGCCACAAUGAUAUUUACAGUAUACAGUAUAUCUUUAUACUCUGUCUUUAAUAACCAGACACAUCAAGGUCGACCACUCUCCAAACCGAUUUUAGAAAUGUUAAUAAAUUGCAGCCUUGAAAACACACAUCCAAAGAAAAUCCAAAGUACUUCAGUAUAUAAAAUGUGCAUUCUGUAUGUCUACAUGCCAUAUAUAUACGUAUUGCACUUGCUAUGUAAAGCCCUUUGGUAUCACUUCUGAUAAAGGGAUGUUUAAACAGUGCAUAUGUGAAGUUAUUAUUUGAGCUCCAUCUUAAUAACAAUCUCUUCCAUACCAUUAAAUUAUUCAUUGUACAACAAUUUGUUCAAGUUCCUCACACCUUAGGGGCGUGCUUUGGCAGGCAC